AUGACUACUACAGCUACUGUAUCGACACCUUCAGCCUCGUUCGCCCGUCGUACUGCAGAGGAAACCGCAAUCCAGUUGGAGACCAAUAGUGUCAGUGGACUGACAACACAGGAGGCAAACAACCGUCGGCUUCGCUAUGGGCUGAAUGAGUUUGAUGUAGAGGAUGAGGAGCCAAUCUACCUCAAAUUCUUCAAGAGCUUCUAUGAAAAUCCUCUGAUCCUUCUCCUGCUAGCCUCAGCAGUUGUCUCCUUGGCAAUGGGUCAGCACGAUGAUGCCAUCAGCAUUACUUUGUAUCGGUCCGAAAAAUCGCUCGAGGCCCUGAACAAACUGGUCCCUCACCAUUGUCAUGUUAUUCGCGAUGAUACUCAGACGUCGACAUUGGCUAGUCAAUUAGUCCCUGGAGACUUGAUCAAGUUUGGCAUUGGAGAUCGUAUCCCAGCGGACUGUCGUUUAGUGACAGCUAUUGAUCUAGAAAUUGACGAGUCCAACUUGACAGGAGAAAACAAGCCAUGCCGUAAGCAGACAGAUGCGAUCACUGAAAAUGAAUAUGCAGAGCUCUCGAUCACAGAACGAAAGAAUAUCGCCUACAUGGGAACAUUGGUCAGGAAUGGACAUGGAACGGGUAUUGUAGUAGGCACAUCCAAGGAAACAGAAUUUGGAGUGGUCUUCUGUAUGAUGCAGGAGGUUGAGAUCCGAAAGACUCCUCUGCAGUUGAGCAUGGAUGAACUGGGAAAGAAACUUUCGAUGCUUUCGUUCAUGAUCAUCGGUGUGAUUGUGUUGAUUGGAUUGUUCCAGGGUAAACCAUGGUUGGAAAUGAUGACCAUCGGGGUCAGUUUGGCCGUUGCUGCUAUUCCUGAAGGUCUACCCAUUGUCGUCACAGUGACCUUGGCAUUGGGUGUGCUGAGGAUGGCGAACCGUAAGGCUAUCAUUAAGAAGCUGCCCAGUGUAGAGACUCUUGGAUCUGUCAAUGUUGUUUGUGCUGAUAAGACAGUGGAUCUGAACCAGGCAAAGACUGUGGAUGUGGAUCUUCAUCCUGGAUUGCGCCGUUUGCUUCAGGUUGGAAAUCUUUGCAAUAAUUCUUUCUUGGACGAGCACUCCAAAUGGAUCGGACAACCUACGGAUAUUGCCUUGAUCCAGAUCCUCCAAAGCUUAGGACUGACAGAUGAGCGCCCUAUUUUCGAGCGUAUUGCUGAAUACCCUUUUAAUUCAGACCAAAAGUUCAUGCAUGUCAAAUGCGCGCCUUUACCCGGAGGCAGCCUUUCUGGCCACAAGCAAACGCCCGAACAUGCAAUUGAUCCAACCAAUGCCGCAGGAGCAUUGGAGCCAGUUUUAGAACGAUGCGUGAACUAUUAUAGGAGCGAGAGUCAACAUCUGCCGUUAGAUGUCGAGUCCAAGGAUAAGAUUUCGGCCCAGGCAAAUGAAAUGGCAUCCCAUGGACUGCGCGUGCUGGCCAUGGCGUUUGGUAGUGAUCUAGAGAAAUUGACGUUUGUGGGUAUUGUCGCCAUGCACGAUCCUCCAAGACCUGGAGUUGAAGACAGUAUCCGCACACUGGCUGGAAGCGGCGUCAAGGUGAUUAUGAUCACAGGAGAUGCUGAUGCUACUGCACUUUCAAUUGCUCGACGAUUGGGAUUCCCGAUCAACCCAGGCAAAUCAUCAUGCUUGACCGGGGCUGAGAUCGAGGUGAUGACUGAGCGCCAAUUGCAGGAUGCUGUAGGACAUGUCUCAGUGUUUGCACGAACGACACCUAAGCACAAGAUGGCAAUUGUAUCUGCAUUUCAAGCAAAGGGUUGUAUUGUUGCCAUGACAGGCGAUGGAGUUAACGAUGCACCAGCAUUAAAGCUUGCAGAUAUUGGUAUCUCGAUGGGUCGGAGUGGUACAGAUGUGGCUAAAGAAGCUGCGGACAUGAUUCUUGUGGAUGAUGAUUUUUCAACUAUCCUUGCGGCCGUAGAAGAGGGCAAAUCCAUUUUUUAUAAUAUCCAAAACUUUUUGACUUUCCAGCUCAGCACAAGUGUCGCAGCCUUGACAUUAAUUGCCACGGCAACGCUUUUUGGACUCAACAACCCUCUGAAUGCCAUGCAGAUUCUCUGGAUCAAUAUUUUGAUGGAUGGCCCACCUGCACAAUCUUUGGGUGUUGAACCAGUGGACGACGAUGUGAUGAAGAAGCCCCCACGCGCACGCGAUGCAGCGAUCUUGACACCACUUUUGAUUCGCCGAGUUCUGACCUCGGCAAUGAUUAUUGUAGUGGGCACGAUGUUUGUGUAUGUGCACGAGAUGACAGAUGGCCAUGUCACAGCACGCGAUACGACGAUGACUUUUACGACGUUUGUGUUCUUUGAUAUGUUUAAUGCAUUGGCAUGUCGAUCUGAAAAGAAGUCGAUCUUCAGCGUUGGAUUCACGACGAAUAAGAUGUUUAAUUUCAGUGUGAUGGGAUCAAUUCUGGGUCAAUUCUUGGUGAUUUACAUGCCAUUCUUCCAGACAGUGUUCCAAACGGAGGCAUUAACGCUCACAGAUCUCUUGGGAAUCACACUGUUGACCAGCUCGGUCUUUUGGGCAGAGGAGGCACGCAAGUUCUUUGGAGUAAAGAAAGGACAGAAGAUGCAUGGCCGAGGUGCCAACCAAGGAUUCCGACGUGUAGAAACAGAGGAUGGUGAAGCAUUUGAAAUUGUUUAA